GGAUCACCAAUCUUCUUCAGAGGUUUCCAGCCACCGCAAGCUUCCCCACCAGGGACAACGAGCCCAUGACAUGCCCGUCACAAGACAGGGGCCUUAUGCUACCAAACCCUAUGAACGCAUUCCGGCUGGGAACUGGAGGGACACAGACUGGGGACACCCCCACCGCUUGCUGUUUCGGGCACCAACGCUACUGCUGAUGGGGAUUGGUUAA